AUGAAGGGGCCCCCGGGGGCCCGCAACCCGAGAGCCCCCGGGGCUGGAGGCGCGCGCGGCCCGGGCCAACAGCCUGGGGGCGCCGGGGCCGGCGCGUAGGAGCCGCCACCGCGAUGGAGCGCGCCGGGGACGAUCCGGACUCGUCGCCGCAGGUGUCCACCCCGCAGGGUUCCUGACCCACCCCAGAAGGCAACCCCCACCAGACUCCGGUAGGGCCGGACUCCGCAGACCUGCUUCGGCAAUGGGUAACGAGGAGCUGUGGGCCCAGCCAGCCUUGGAGAUGCCGAAGAGACGGGACAUCCUCGCGAUUGUCCUCAUCGUGCUGCCUUGGACGCUGCUGGUCACCGUGUGGCACCAGAGCACCAUCGCGCCCCUGCUCGCCGCACACAAGGAUGACGGCAGCGACCCCCGGCGCGAGGCGCCACCCGGCGCGGACCCCAGGGAGUACUGCAUGUCCGACCGCGACAUCGUGGAGGUGGUGCGCACCGAGUACGUGUACACGCGGCCCCCGCCCUGGUCCGACACGCUGCCCACCAUCCACGUGGUGACGCCCACCUACAGCCGCCCGGUACAGAAGGCUGAGCUGACGCGCUUGGCCAACACGCUGCUGCACGUGCCCAACCUGCACUGGCUGGUGGUGGAGGACGCGCCGCGCCGCACGCCGCUGACCGCGCGCCUCCUGCACGACACCGGCCUCAACUACACGCACCUGCACGUGGAGACGCCGCGCAACUACAAGCUGCGCGGGGACGCGCGCGACCCGCGCAUCCCGCGGGGCACCAUGCAGCGCAACCUGGCCCUGCGCUGGCUGCGUGAGACCUUCCCGCGCAACUCCAGCCAGCCCGGCGUCGUGUACUUCGCGGACGACGACAACACCUACAGCCUGGAGCUCUUUGAGGAGAUGCGCAGCACCAGGAGGGUGUCCGUGUGGCCCGUAGCCUUCGUCGGCGGCCUUCGGUACGAGGCCCCGAGGGUCAAUGGGGCCGGGAAGGUGGUCGGCUGGAAGACUGUGUUCGACCCCCACCGGCCGUUUGCAAUAGACAUGGCGGGAUUUGCGGUCAACCUGCGGCUCAUCCUGCAGCGAAGCCAGGCCUACUUCAAGCUUCGCGGCGUGAAGGGCGGCUACCAGGAGAGCAGCCUCCUGCGAGAACUUGUCACCCUCAGUGACCUGGAGCCCAAGGCAGCCAACUGCACCAAGAUCCUGGUCUGGCACACACGGACUGAGAAGCCGGUGCUGGUGAACGAGGGGAAAAAAGGCUUCACUGACCCCAUGGUGGAGAUCUGAGCCCCAGGACGCAGGAGCCCCCUUCUCAGACCUGCUCCUGGCCACCUGUGCUCCCCACGCGGGUGGUCCCUCCAAGGCGGACUCCUGUGGAAUCGCCGUCACC